GACACAAACACACACGUGCCAACGAACAUCUCGUCCACGUCAUCACCUCAUACACUGUUCAACCUUAACCUUAACUUUAUCAUCACCACCAAACCCCAAACAAAACUUUGUCCCCUUCCCCAAAUCCCCCCUCUCAAAUCCCCCUAAAUUAGGGUUUCCACUUCCCCAAUUUCCAAUUUUGCCCCUAUGGGUUCCCUCGCCGAUCCCGGCGAACUCGACACGGUGGCGCCGCCGCCGAGUUUCGACGAGUUCCAACGUCAAACUUCACUAAUGACAAGUUGCACACUUCUUUGGAAGGAACUUUCCGACCACUUCACUUCACUUGAACAAGACAUCCUUAAAAAAGCCGAAGCAUUGAAAGCGAAGAUAACAAGGUUGGAUGAAGAGACUAAAGCUUCACUGAAAGUUCUGGAACAUCGUGAGAAUUCCAUGAAUGUUUCGCUUUCGAUUGCUUUAGACAAAGUGGUCGAGAAGAAACGAGCUGCUAUUUUAGCUCUAGAUGAUCACGAUGAUGAACCCGAUGUUGCUGAGGUUGAUAACUCUACUGGAUUGAUGUUGAAGUUGAAGUGUUUUUGUGUUAAGAUGGAUUCGAGAAGUUUCUGGAACUUUCUGAUAAUGAAGAAGAAAGACUUGGAUGAACUGCGUGUUGAAAUUCCGAAAGCGUUAGGUGAUUGUGUAGAUCCGCCAAGGUUUGUGUUGGAAGCGAUAUCCGAGGUGUUCCCAGAGGAUAAAAGGGUAGGAGGGAAUGAGAGGAACAAUGAUUUGGGUUGGGCUUGUGUUUUGAUGUUGGAAUCGUUGAUUCCUGUGAUGAUGGAUCCUGUGUUGGGAAAUGAGAGGAAAUUGGUGACACCAAGUGUGAAGGAUAAGGCGAAUGAGAUUGCAGAGAUAUGGAAGAAGAGUUUGGAUGAAAGAGGAGGGAUUGAGAAUGUCAAGACACCAGAUGUGCAUACUUUCUUGCAGCAUUUGGUGACUUUUGGAGUUGUUAAGGAUGAGGAUUUUGAUUUGUAUAGGAAGCUUGUUGUUGGAUCUGCUUGGAGGAAACAGAUGCCUAAACUUGCUAUCUCUCUUGGACUUGGUGAUAAAAUGCCUGAAAUGAUUGAAGAGUUGAUCAGCCGGGGACAGCAAGUUGAUGCCGUACAUUUCACUUAUGAAGUUGGACUGGCAGAUAAAUUCCCUCCUGUUCCCCUUCUGAAAGCUUUCUUAAAGGAUGCGAAAAAAGCUGCUGCUGCAAUCAUGGAAGAUCCAAAUAAUUCUGGUCGAGCUGUGCAUUUUGCUGCUAAGAAAGAGCAAUCAGCAAUUCGUUCAGUUCUCAAAUGCAUUGAAGAAUACAAGCUUGAAGCUGAAUUUCCACCAGACAGCCUUAAGAAGCAGCUUGAGCAGUUGGAGAAGCCCAAGAAUGAGAAAAAGAGGUCACCAGCAGCUGUACCAGCAAACAAAAGAACGAGAGUCAGUAAUGGUGGUCCUAUGCCUCCUGCUAAGGCAGGCCGUUCAACAAAUGCCUAUGUUUCAUCUUUCCCUGUAGCUCCAGCAUUUGUUAGGUCUCCACAACACACCCAAUACCCUGCAGCUUUUCCAGCAUAUGCCUCACCACCAGCCAUCUACGGUAGCAGCAGGAGCCCGCCUUAUCCUUACUCCCCAGAAGCUGCUCCAUAUCCAGGCACCCCAGUGAACUAUUCUCCAUACGGAGGCUACUGCAAUGGAAUGGCCCCAGCUUACCCGCAAGCUUACUACCGAUAGACAUAACAUGCAUCUAAACUGGUGACAACUGAUAUGAUGACCCAAUCUAAAUUUCUUUUUUAAUAUGGCUUGUAAUCAGUAAUCACUAACCUUUAAUGGUAGCUUUAUGUGUGUGUUAAUUCCUAAUUCUGACUUUUAUCCUGCUGUCUUGCUUCGCAAAACUGCAGGUUGUAUUUCUGAUGUUAAUUGAAUGUGUAGUAUUAGGUGGUUGUGAAAAGUAA